AUGUCUGGAUACCUCGCGUCGACCGCCCCCAAGCUUCCCAAUGCGACUACCACGCCCGUCACGCUGACCACGUCCACGACGUCUGUGCACAUCAUGGCGACGACUUCGGCCCCUCUGCCUCCGCCCGUCACUAUCACCGCGGAGCAGCCGCUCGGCAACCUCCGCGGCCUCAUGGUCGCCAUUUGGCACUUCGUUCUGAAGACGUGCGGUUACCCUGUUACGGUGGAUGCGGAAGCCAACACCACGCCGCCCCCUCAAGCCCCCAAGAAGCCCGAGAGCAUCAAGAAAGGUCGUCCCGGCCGCUCGGCCACCAGCUAUUCGCUCACCACUGUCGUCAAGGCCGAGCGUCGUUGUGCAGGGCGCUUCUUCUACUUCAAUCGCGGCAAGAAGUGCGACGAAGGUGACAGGCUUGGCUACCGCUGCCGCUACUGCUGGAAGAUGAUCUAA